AUGUCCGUCGGUACUCUAGUGACGGUCGCAUCGGCGGCGUCCGGCGUUGCCAUUGUGGCUUGUUUGCUGACAGUUGGAAUCAUUUUCUCCGACAUCAAUUCCUUCUAUGAGGAGAAGAUCAAUGAGUUGAAUGAGUUCAAAUCUCUCGAGAAGGUCGCUUGGGAUUCGAUGGUGCCUAAGGAUUCAGUUGCGUCGAUGUUCCUUGUUGGAAGAAACAAGCGUCAAGCUCAGUGCAACUGCGGAGCUCAAUCUCAGGGAUGCCCAGCAGGACCACCAGGACCACCAGGACAGCCAGGAGCACCAGGACAGCCGGGAGAGCGUGGACUACCUGGACAGCCAGGAUCCGGAGCUAGAAUUAAUCCAGCUACUGGUAGACCUGGAUUCUGCAUCACCUGCCCUGCCGGAGCUCCAGGACCAGCUGGAGCCCCAGGACCAGCGGGACCAAAGGGACCAGACGGACAACCAGGAGCCCCAGCUUACGGAGGAGGACAGGGACCACCAGGACCACCAGGACCAGCCGGAAAUGCUGGAGCUCCAGGAGCUCCAGGAAACCCAGGAGCCCCAGGAAACCCAGGACGCUCUGGACAGCGCAGCCGUGGACUUCCGGGACCAGCUGGAGCACCAGGACCACAGGGUCCACCCGGGCAGCCAGGAGCCCCAGGAAACGGCGGUGGCCCAGGACCUGCUGGACCGCCAGGACCAACUGGACCACCAGGACAGCCAGGACAACCAGGAAACGACGGAACUCCAGGAGCACCAGGAAACCCAGGUGCCCCAGGAGGAGACGCAGCAUACUGCCCAUGCCCACCACGAUCCUCCGUUGUGGCUGCUCGUCAUCGGUCGGUCGCCGCUCGCAGUCGUCUGGCGGCUCGUUCCCGCGUCGCUGCUCGCAGCCGCGUUGUCGCCAGAAACCGCGCUGCUGUCGCUCGUCGUCGAGUCGCCGUACGCAAAGUGGUUCGAUCGCACAAGGCUGCCGCAGCUGUCUAA